AACACGGUUGCCGCCAUUGAGCCGGUCCACCAUAGCCAACGCCGCUAGCACCGUCGCCUCCAGCGCCCCGCCGCCUUCCGCCAGAGUUAAGAGUGAUAACAAACACCGGAGGUGCGAAGCUAUGACUUGCAGCGAAGACGAAAUCAGUCGAUUUGUUGAUGUGGCUAACAAAGCCGCCGAUGUUGCUGGUCAGAUCGUCCGCAAGUACUAUGAACGUGCUAUAGACCAGUUGCCUGAUGUGAAGAGGAAGGAGAAGGGAGAUGGUUCAAUAACAAAGGCAGCAAAGAGAGAAGCAGAGGAAGCCAUGGUGGCCUUCAUAACAGAGAGCUUACCAACACAUGUGGUGUUCACAGAGGAGACUGGGUUUAAUCAUAGCAGCAACCAGUCACCCUUUGUUUGGGUACUGGACGCGAUUAACGGCGUCAGGGAGGAUUUUCGCACAGGCUUUAAUUUAUUCUCGUUUGGGACGAUGAUUGCCUUACUCUACAAUGGCAAGCCUAUGCUAGGGUGCAUCGAUCAACCCAUUAGAAAACUGAGGUGGGUGGGGGUUAAAGGCAAGCCGACAACAUUGAACCAAGAACAAGUGGUUGCAGUGGCUUGUGAUGAUCUGAGCAUGGCCUAUGCUAACCUUAAGCAACCAAAUAUGAGCGAUGAUGCAAGAGUGGCCUUCAAUAGGCUCUGCUACAAAGUUUAUGUCGUGUUAUUGGACACUACCAGCACAACUUAUGGCGCUCUGGCUUGCGGACAACUGCAUCUGGUGGCUGAUUGUGAUGUUUUGCCAUGGAAUGUCCUCGCUGCAGUGCCGAUAGUGGAGGGAGCGGGAGGAGUCAUCACGGAUUGGGAGGGCCGCGAGCUGUUGUGGGAUGCGAGCCAGAUCAAGAGGGGGACUAUCCGAGUAGUGGCUGCUUCCGAUAAGAAGACUCAUCAGGAAGUCAUUGAUUCAUUAUCCUACUAGCUCCCUGUAUAUGAGCAUGGUCUAGCUAAGUUUACUAAUAUAGAUUCUUUUGCAAUGAACGAUUAGUUUUUCUCAGUUUUAUGUCUCUGGCAAUAAUUUGGUGAAUAGCUCAUCCCCCUCAUCCCAAUUUUCAUAUGGAAGUGCAAGCAAUUGCCUAUUCAAAUUCCAAUUUCCUAAUGGUUCCCAAAAAUCAUUCCAUGUUUUGAUCGACUAGAGUCGAUGCUUGAGCCGAUGUCUAACGUUGUGUGUUUGUGUAAUGUUGUUCUGAUUUUCGAUCAUUAACCAAAUAAUAAGUUGAUAGUGUUAUA